AUGGCCUCAUUACCGGGUCUUACAGACUAUCUGGCAGCCCCAAAUAUUGAAGAAAGCUCAAACAAACCACAGAUUGUCUCAGUACCGGCUGGCAGUGAAUGGAGAGUUCAGAUUCCUCAGGGCUCCAAGCUAACAAUUAAACAACUAUCUGGCAUAGCAGAGAUCUUCGGAACCGAAUUAUCUCUAGAUGUACCGUACUUAUUUGGGCCAACAAAUCUGGCCAUCUACGCUGUUGAGGAUAGUGAAAUCGAAUGGAUUUCCCCAGAGUUGACCAGUCAAUCAAUGUCUGAUGAUACCAAUAUGAAAUAUAUUUACAACGUACAUUUUGCCCUGGAAAAACUGCGAGUAUCAAGUUUCGAUGGCCCGCGUGUGCUUAUAGUCGGCGAAUCGUGCACGGGCAAAACAAGCCUUGCCAAGAUUUUAUGCGCGUAUGCCCUCAAAAUCAAGUCUUACCAACCACUGAUGGUCAAUCUUGACCCUCAAGAGUGCAUUUAUUCUCCUCCGGGAUGCUUGACUGCCACGCCUAUCUCUGAUUUGCUAGAUGUUAGCUACAACACUUGGGGUCAAAGUAUGACAAGUGGUGCUACUAAAUUACACAGCAAACAACCUUUAGUCAAAAAUUUCGGUCUGGAACACAUUUCAGAAAAUAGAGGUCUGUACAUGAACACAGUACAGAGUCUUGCAGACACAAUUCAUUCUCGAUUAGCUAGUGAUGCAAUUGUUCGUCGUUCUGGGCUUAUAAUCGAUACUCCUGCAUUGGAACAAUUGGACGGCGAUUUGACAAAGAUUAAAGAAAUCGUUUCCCUAUUUAAGGUCAAUGCCAUCAUUGUUUGCGGACAUGAUGACUCAAUUGCUAUGAAGCUAAAUGAGGUCUUGCCAGUUGAAUCUCUGACGAUCGUACGACUUCCCACCUCCAGUGGAAUCGUCAAGACCGAUGACGUUUUCAAACGAGCUUUACAAACCAGUGCCAUCAGAGAAUACUUCUAUGGGGAUUCUAAGAUGGUUUUGAGCCCCUACACUAUCGGGGCAGACUUCGACAUGCUUACUGUAUGGCAACCUACCAGUACUUUAAACACAAAUUCGCCGACAAACCAGAACCUUAUACCCGUUGACAUCAACGCUAGCAAUCUGCAGCAUGCGAUGGUUGCGAUCAGUUAUGCUCCAAGAAAGGCUUCUGGUGACAUAGUUUCGAACAGUCCAAUAUUAGGCUUUGCGCUCAUCAUGGAAGUUAAUGACACCAAAAAGAGACUCAGGAUUCUGCUUCCCGUACCCGGAAGACUGCCAGAAUUUGCUAUGGUCCUUACAUCAUAUAGAUAUUUAGAAUAG